UUUUGGGCUUACAAUAUGGAUUUGAAGAUAUUAUCACCUGUAGCUAGCGCAAUCAACAAUAACCGUAUGGAUGUAGAUGAUGAAAAUAUUCAUUUGGUAAAUCCUGGUGAAACUGUCACUACAGAUCAACAAUUUAUGAGAGGUCAUGGUACUUAUACCGAAGGAGAAGGUGUUGUUGUUUCCUCUGUUGCUGGUACAGUUGAAAGAGUGAAUAAACUGCUAUCCGUUAGACCCUUAAAGACACGUUAUACGCCUGAAAUUGGUGAUAUUGUAGUGGGUCGUGUUACAGAAGUUGCUAUGAGACGUUGGAAGGUCGAUGCUAAUGCUAGACAAGAUGCUAAUCUUUUGUUGAGCUCAGUCAGUCUUCCUGGUGGUGUUCAAAGACGUAAAAAUGAAGCAGAUGAACUUCAAAUGAGACAGUUUUUCACUGAAGGAGAUAUGCUUGUGGCUGAAGUCCAAGCAUUUUAUGCUGAUGGCACCAUGGGUCUUCAUACUCGUGGCUUCAAGUUUUGCAAGUUACGAAAUGGCUCUUUUGUCUGCGUGCCUCCUGUUCUUGUCCAACGCUGUAAGUCUCAAUUCCAUUCUUUGCCUUGUGGUGUUGAUGUUAUUCUCGGAUUGAAUGGCUACAUUUGGGUCCAUAAAAAGUUCCAAGGUGUCAAUACAGAUGAUACAGAUCCUACUGUCCAUUAUUCUAGUGUCAAUGAUGACAUCACAGAGGAGGAAAGAAAAGACAUUGCUCGUGUAAGUAAUUGUAUUUCAGCUUUGGCAAGGCAAUAUAUGCACAUCAACGAUACAGUCAUCGUAUACACAUAUGAAGCUUCAUUACAAUACAGUAUUAGACAAUUACUUGAUUUGGAUGUUAUUGAGGCAGUCACUUCUGAAGCUAGUUUAAGGAUGCGUGCUGAUUAAAGAAAAAGAACUCCUCUUCUAUUAUUGUAUAUAAUGUCUUUUUUCUUUUUUAAAGAGCAAAAAUAAAGUAUUCCUUUUUCUUUGCAGGA